UUUGUUUUUGACAGAAUUCAGUAACCAUAGUAACUACUUUUUCAAACUAAAGAUUCAACAUGGGGUGCGCCAACACAAAGAACGUUAAAACUGCCGAAAAGGAUUCAACAGAGCCGAAGCAAGAUGACACCGUGAAGCCCGUCACGCCGACGGAAGAGGGCGCCAACGAAAACGGUGAACCACAAAAGGAAACCGGGAAGAAAUUCAGAAACAAAAUGAAUCGGAGACUCCGGCCACUACGACAGAACCUGUCACUGCUGGAGACGGUGGAACAGACGCCGAGUGACCGGAUACCUUAUAUUGACUCACUACACCACAUUGUACAGAAAUUCAUUUAUUUAUAUUUUCAUAUCAAACAGUAGUAGACAAUUAUCCCGGAACAAAAUUUAUUUUAUUUUUAUCUCCCCCCUCCCAAAUGUCCUCCCCAGCGGCCAAAUUUUUUGUAUUCUUGUCUCUAAAUAGACUUCUCAAUGACACACAGUUUAACCUUAUCAGAGGUAAUUAUCGGACAACGACUUGGUUUACCAUUUAUUUAUGUUCAUUGCUUAACUAACCUCCGACAUCAAAUUAUCCGGUCCCGAAUUCCGGAUCAGCAAAACUAAGACUCCGACAUUUUCUUUAAGUCUCCGAAUUUGGUUGAUUUAACUAUUGUAUAUUGAAGCAUUAAAUAGGACAUCGACGGAGAGACAAAUUGAAUUAACCGAAACCCCUUUCCUUCUACCUGAAGAAUCUUCCUCGAAUUUUAGAACUUAAAUUUUAUUAUUAUAGAUUUAUUUAUUAUCAAAGUUCAAACUAUGGAAUUGUUUUCAAUUUACUAAUUAUUCCCUUAUACGUCAACAGUAAUUGUAGUUAUAUUAUUAUUUUAUUUUCCUAAGAAUUCAAAGACGAAAAAGGUUUAAAUACCCCAUCCCAUCUCCCCUAGACCCCCCUUUUCAGAUGGAAUAUCGACAUAGAAACUUAUUUUCCUAAUUAUUAUAUAAUUUUUGUUGAUGGGUGGCGACAAACUAUUCAUUUUGAUUAGAUCAGGCCACUCAUCAGUAAAUUUUACGCAAUUCCAUAACUUUAUUGAAAAAUGUUGAAACUGGUAAUUAUCAUGACAAGUUUUAUGCGCUUUUCCAUCAGAUGAUUUGAACCAACAAAUUCAGAGCAAUUUUCCCAAUUACGUCUAGGAAUUUAAAUUCCCCUCCCUUUUAAAAAUCUCAACGUUAUUGUAUCUAGAAAGAUUACUUUCCAAUAUAGUUUAUGUUUAUUAUGUUUUUGCGUCACUAAUGACGUCAGAACUGGAUCGAGUAAAAACUAUUAAUUAAAAAUCGCUAGAUGUCGCCAGCGAGCAGUGUUGUCACUGUGUAUCCCUGUUAAAUAUUUUCGUUGGAAAUAAAGUAUUUUCAGAAAAGUA